AUUCUCAUCUGCCAUACAAUAACAGGGUCUCAGCCCCUUCUCUUAUCCAAUCCACUUGUUGGCUAUUGCACUUGCACACAAAUCUUCAAACAGAGUUAAGCAUGAGCAGCUUAACGACGGCCUUCACUUCUCGAAUCUCUUCAACAUGUUCGACUCAAUUCCCAGCUCGAUACCCUUCUUGGCACUUUUCUAAAAGGCCAGACCUCUUUCGGCCCUCACCGAGCCGUACACCCCCUAGACGAAGAAUCGUUUGCAUGGCGGAGCCUUAUUUGAUUGCAAAGUUGGAAUCUGCUGAGAAAACGUGGAAAGAAUUGUCGGUCAAGCUGGCUGAUCCAGAUGUGGUGUCAAAUCAUACUGAGUACCAAAAGUUGGCUCAAUCUGUGGCAGAGCUUAAUGAGGUGGUGGCAAUAUUCAGAAGAUUCAAGGAUUGUGAGAAACAGCUAGAUGAAUCAAAAGCUUUAGCAAAAGAGGAGGGAGUUGAUGAAGAUAUGGCCGAGAUGAUAGCUUCUGAAAUUGAAUCUUUAUCCAGUGAACUCAAAGGGCUUGAGGAGAAGCUCAAGGUAUUGCUUCUUCCCAGUGAUCCUCUUGAUUCAAGAAAUAUAAUGCUUGAAGUGAGGGCCGGUACUGGCGGCGAUGAGGCUGGACUAUGGGCGGGUGAUCUUGUGCGGAUGUAUCAGAGAUACAGUGAACGAAAUUCAUGGAAGUAUGCCCCAGUUUCAAGCUCUGAGACUGAAAAAGGAGGAUUCAAGACAUAUGUGAUGGAAAUAAAAGGAAAUCGUGUAUAUAGCAAAUUAAAAUUUGAGUCGGGUGUCCACCGGGUUCAACGUGUUCCUCAGACAGAAGCGCAGGGCCGUGUGCACACAUCAACUGCUACUGUGGCAAUCAUGCCGGAGGCUGAUGAAGUUGAGGUUGAAAUUGAUCCAAAAGAUAUUGAACUCACGACAGCAAGGUCUGGAGGUGCUGGAGGGCAGAAUGUCAACAAGGUGGAGACUGCUGCUGAUCUUAUUCAUAAACCAACUGGGAUACGAAUCUUUUGCACUGAAGAAAGGACUCAACUUCAAAACAAGAAUCGCGCUCUUCAAUUAUUGCGUGCAAAAUUGUAUGAAAUCAAACUGAGGGAACAGCAAGAGUUGAUCAGGAAUCAGAGAAAAUCGCAGGUUGGUACAGGAGCUCGUGCAGAAAAGAUCCGGACCUACAAUUACAAGGACAAUAGGGUUUCUGACCACAGGCUGAAAAUGAACUUUGAGCUAACAUCAUUUCUUGAUGGUGAUAUUGAGACAGCUGUUCAGUCUUGUGCUACUAUGGAACAGAAAGAAUUGUUAGAAGAACUUGCAGAAUCUGUGUCAAUGACUGCUAGCUGAUUUUACAUCACUCUUGGAUAGUUCCAGGAUCUAGAUUGGGAGUGGGAUGGCUCUCUUGAUAUGCAACUUCACAAAAAAACACAGAUGCUGAUGAGGUUUGCUGUCAAUUUUCUUCUUCGGGUAUAUUGGGGUGACAUCCUCAGCUUAUCCCCGCCCCCGCGGUUUUAUGACCGUGUAACAUAUUACAUAUGCUUAGAAUAGGUCUAGUGAGAUUGUCAUUAUUAAGUAUGAUUGCAAUGUAAUCGUGCUAUAAUAAUAGCUUUUUGCAAUGAAUGAGCCGGGCCUGUCUACAUUUUAGCUGUAAUGAAUGUCGGUAACAGCCACUUGGGAGAUGGAACCCAACCAGGAGAUGACACUAUUCAAUUUUCACCCUCAUUUCUUUCUAUUCUUUCUCCG